AUGACCUCGCAUCAGACUGGCUGGAACCCCAAUCCGCUCAUGUUGUACCGGGCGAACGGGCCCGAUCUAUCAGAUCCGCAGUGGCAGGACAUGGGCAACCCAACGCGCAACAUAUUGUCCUUUAACACGCAGCCGACGUAUGUGGUCCCAUACACAACCAAGACCAACGAGACGUAUUUCAUUUACAUGGCGGAUAACUGGAUACACGCUGGCCUGGGCGGCCUUAUGGACGCAUCUUACGUGUGGCUGCCGAUCAGCUUCGAGGGUGACGAAGUUUUCAUCGACAGGCUGGAAGCAUGGGACAUGGAGGACCCGUGGAAGGACAUCCGGAAUCGUCCGCGGCCUAUUUUUGGAUAG